CCUUCUUUCCUCCCCAGUUACUUGCUCCACAGAGCUCCAGCCACGGCUGCCAUGGCGGAGCUCCACCCGGAGCCGCCGCCCUUGGAUCCCACGCUCCUCCGCGGGGAGCUCCAGCGGCUACGUGGCGAGUACGACUCCCUCAAGGCUGCGGCCGAGGAGGAGGAGGCGGCGGACGAGGUGCGUUUGCACGACCUGCGCCUGGAGCGCUUGGCCUUGAAGGCGCUCCUGGACCGCUACCGAGAACGGCCGCCGAAGGUGGAAGAGCUGGCCGAGAGGUACGAGUCCGAGAUUGAUCAGCUGUCCGAGGAGUUGCGACAGCUCCAGGAGGAGAAUGCCCUGUUGGCCUACCAUGCCCCUUGGGCCCUUGGCGUCGGUGUCCUGGAGUCGGACCUGUUGGCACUGGGUCAGACACGAGGAGCAGGAAAGGAAUUUGGAACACGCUGGAGCAAAGUCACCCAGGCCGCCUGCGAUGACGAAGCGUCUCCAGCUCCGACCCCAUCGGCCUCCGCCCGGACGCCGCGCACCACUGUGGGCUCCGCGCAGCGCCGUUCGGCGCGGCAGGUGAAGGAGCAAGCGAAGGAGGUCCGGCAAUGUGAGGCACAGCUGAUGGCCUUGCGACGCAGGACGCGGGUCAAUGAGUGGUACUUGGCUCAGCUGAAGACACAGCUCCAAGAAACGGGCAAGCUCCUGCAGGGCCGUGAGAGCUGCUUGAAGGAUCUCAAGGAGCGUAUUGACCAGGCCCAUGCAGACCGACGACGUCUCAGUGGGGAGCGUGUGCGAACGCAGCAGACCCUGGAGACCGAGCGACAGGAGCUGGUGCAGCUGCAUCAGGAGGCCCUCAGCUUACGGGAGGCCUGCUAUUUGCCUGCGCAGCUCAAAAAGAAGAGCAGCAUGUUGACCAAAUUCCUUGAUCAGGAAGGCGGUCGCCUUCAACUGGAGAAGCACCUCCGUGCCUCCAGCGCCGUGCAGCAGCUCUACCGCCGCGUGGGCAGCGAGGCGCCGGAGGCCACGGCGCUGGCUGGGCGAGUGAAGGCAGAUAUGGAGGCAGCCUGUCAAAAGGUACAGGAGCUUCACAGUCAACAUCAAAGGUUGCUGCAAUACCUUCACUUGAAUUUGGCCAGGAAUGCGUUUUCACCCAGGACCAAUGGCGGAAGCUAUUUCGCGAAGUGACAAAAUUGAAGCUUUGGGCAGAAUCCAGCCGGUGCAAGUUGACUUGGAAGAUGAUGCGAUAGCGAACCAGCUUGUACUUG